AUGACUUCAGAAUGGUACGAGAAGAGUCUCGUAGCGUACGUGAAUAGGUCACUCCAGAAGGAGGAAGAUUUUCACUUUCUCCGAUUCGAGUUCCUGCAGCGGCUCAACAUCACUCGGUUGCAGGUGAAGCUUGGCAAAUUAAAAACCAAGCUUGUAUCUCAAGCAAUUGCUAUUAGAGACUAUGAGUUUCUUCGAGGACACAGAAGCCUAGAUAAGGAAGAAAUGGGGGAUAUAAAGGUCCGCCUCAAGAGGUUUUUCCCACCUGCAAAUCCUUCCAACGAUCCGUUCGCUUCGCACUACGCCUACUUCCAGGACGCAGAACCCAAGAUUGACCCUGUGCGCGGUGCAUCCAUGAAAUACCUCCCAUCGCGACUGACGUUCUCCAAAGAGGAACAUGGACAGAGAACUCAAGAGUUCCGCAACGGGAAAGUUCCCAAACAGGUAUCCGCGUUUGUGGACCGAUCAGUGCGCUUCGUUGUCGCUGUCACUGGUGGCCUAUUCCUUAUUGUGCCGAUGAUCAUCAUGACGCUCCAGCCAUCUACUGUCAAGAGCUUGAUCACGGUCUCUUCUUUUGUGCUUCUAUUUGCUUUGGGCCUUUCUUUUGUUGUACAGGUCUCCAACAUCGAGACGCUGGUUUCGACUGCGACUUAUGCAGCUGUGUUGGUUGUGUUUGUGGGCACAAGUGCGGGCGACUCCAGAUGA